AUGGUAAAAUACACAACUUCUCCUGUACCAUCUAAUUAUCCCAGAAGUACUUCUCCGUUGCCUGCACCAGCUAAUUACCAACCAUCUACACCAAGUGCGGCGGCAAAACGCUACAUAUACUUGAGAAGAUUGUUCAAAUUCAAUCAAAUGGACUUUGAUUUUGCCGCCUGGCAAAUGGUAUAUUUGUUUGUCUCACCGCAGAAGGUGUUUAGGAAUUCCAAUUAUAGAAAACAUACUAAAUCACAAUUUGCCAGAGACGAUCCAGCAUUUCUAGUUUUACUGAGUGUGUGGCUUUUCUUAUCUUCAAUAUGUUUUGCGCUGGCUAUGGGACUUACAACAAUACAAACAGCAUUAUUUGUGCUGUAUGUUGUGUUUGUAGACUUUAUAGGAGCUGGGAUAUUUAUGUCAACAGUAUUAUGGGUUGUAAGCAACAAAUACCUACGAAUGGACUCUUCAGCCCCUGAUGUAGAAUGGGGUUAUGCAUUUGAUGUCCACAUUAAUGCAUUCUUUCCACCCUUAUCGUUAUUGCAUUGCUUUCAGAUAUUACUUUUCAAUGGCCUUCUAAGUCAUGGCGGUUUACUCUCAUGCUUUGUUUCAAACACAUUUUGGUUGGCUUCCUUCAUAUAUUAUUUGUACAUAACAUUCCUGGGAUACAGCAAUCUACCAAUGAUGAAGAAUACUCGAAUAUUUCUCCUGCCCCUACCUUUACUUGUGCUGCUUUAUUUAGCAUCACUAAUGGCAGACUGGAAUCUAAGUCAUAUGCUAAUGAAUUUUUACCAUUACCGAGUACUUUAA